AAUGCUAGACGUUGUGAACGCAAAAUCAGCCCACUGCAUACGGAUAAACCUCGAGGUCACUUUCUCAACUCUCCCAACUAUUUUCCCAACAGCAACCAAUCAUUGGUACUGCAAUGGACGGAUUCGAUUUCAAUUCGUCAGAAAAGGCUGAUGCUUCAGAGCUUCAAAGAAUGAUUGCAAUUGAGCAACAGAAAGCGCAAUUUCAGGCCCAGGUGCAUAACUUCACGGAGGUCUGCUGGGACAAAUGCAUGGACGGGGGGCCAAGUUCGAAACUGGAUUCACGGACGGAGAUUUGCCUCGUGAACUGUGUUGACCGCUUCAUUGACACGACCUUGUCUAUAACUAACCGGUUUACGCAAAUGGUGCAGAAGGGUGCCCAUUGAUGGGAGCUGGACUAUGUGAACGUGAUCUGGUCUAAAUGUUUUAUUUUGUAACAGAACUGUGCAUUGUGUUUGUGUGCCCGUGUGAAAUCCAUAAUAAUAGCACGACAAAAUGCUGAUAAUGCCAUAGUAGGAUGCAACAGUAAUAUGAUUUAAGAAUUGGCCCUGCGUCGGAUGUAUGCUAUUUCUACUGUAAUUUACAUCAGUGUUCCUCAAACCCGCCAGUCCACUGAUCAGUGGCAUAUCCCUCAUAAAGGAAUAGGCUACCCCUGGUUGCAUAGAUUUUUUUCUCCAUAAAACCAGUUAUGCAAGUACCUGUUGGUGUCCACUAUUUAGUGGUUGGCAAAUACAGUACUGAGUGCUUUCUAUUUCACUUAUACAGAUUUAACAGUUUUAGCAAUUAACCGUAAGGUCAGGUCGGUUUCACUCUAUGACACUUACAAGCUGUGUUGGACAUGUCUAAAGGGGCUGUAGCAAAACCGCUUUUCAGAACAAUGCAUGCCUUUUUUUUGUAGUAAACUAUUAUUAUAAUUUUUUAUAAAUUAUGAUAUUUACAGUGCUGUGAACAUGUAUUUGUCUGUGUAGGAACUGGGUGUAUUCUUAGUUUUUACAUAGAGGGACUAGGAAUGUUCUUUCAAUAUGUAUAUGAUAUAACUGUCCCUAUUUCUUGGGGCUUGGCAUUGUGUGUUUAGGCGUACAUAUAUCUAUUCCUCUGUUUUCACAGACACAGAUGAGGUGCUAGACAGACCAUCCUGGAACAUUUCUUUAUAACACCAAUUACCCCAAGGUCAACUGUUAGAUGGUGGGAAUCAGCAGAGAGAGAGAGUAACUUGCACCAGUAAAAGCUGUCAUUAUAACAUCUGGAGACAUGUACUAUGACUGUUGAAUAAACAUUGAAGAAGCCUCUAA